AUGCCUUUUGAAGUAUUAAAUUCAUUAAAAGAGAGACUUUUAAAGCCUGGGAAGGAAGAGGUGAAGAAUACUCUAAGUGACUCUCUAGGACACUUGCAAAGAAAAAUAGAUGGAACCAACUGUGAAAGAGAUGCCAUAGAGCUGAAUGAAGAAGGAAGACCUGUGCAAGCAACAACCAAACCGCCUUUAUUUGAUUGCUAUUGCUGUGGAUUACCUAAGCGCUAUAUUAUUGCUAUGAUGAGUGGUCUGGGAUUUUGCAUUUCUUUUGGAAUUAGAUGCAAUCUUGGUGUUGCUAUUGUGGAAAUGGUUAAUAACAACACCGUCUACAUCAAUGGAAAACCAGAGACUGAGAAAGCACAAUUCAGCUGGGAUCCAGAAAUAGUAGGACUCAUUCAUGGGUCAUUUUUUUGGGGUUAUAUUGUUACGCAAAUUCCAGGAGGCUUCAUUGCAAAUAAACUAGCAGCUAACAGGGUAUUUGGAGCAGCAAUUUUCCUAACUUCAACUCUAAACAUGUUCAUUCCUUCAGCUGCCAGAGUACAUUAUGGGUGUGUUAUGUUUGUAAGAAUUUUGCAAGGCCUUGUGGAGGGGGUGACUUAUCCAGCAUGCCAUGGGAUGUGGAGUAAAUGGGCUCCUCCACUGGAAAGAAGCAGGCUGGCAACUAUUUCAUUUUGUGGUUCCUAUGCUGGGGCAGUCGUUGCCAUGCCACUUGCAGGUGUAUUGGUGCAAUAUAUAGGAUGGCCAUCUGUCUUCUAUACAUAUGGAAUGUUUGGGAUAACCUGGUAUAUGCUCUGGCUGCUGCAAGCAUAUGAGAGCCCAGCUGUUCAUCCAACAAUAAGCACCGAGGAAAGAAUUUACAUAGAAACUAGUAUAGGUGGAGCCAACUUAAUCAAUACCAGUAGAUUCAGUACCCCUUGGAAGCAGUUUUUCACUUCGAUGCCAGUUUAUGCAAUUAUUGUGGCAAACUUUUGCAGAAGCUGGACUUUCUACUUGCUGCUCAUAAGUCAGCCUGCUUAUUUUGAAGAAGUCUUUGGAUUUGCAAUAAGUAAGGUUGGCCUUUUGUCUGCAGUUCCGCACAUGGUAAUGACUGUUAUUGUACCCAUUGGAGGCCAACUAGCUGACUUCUUGCGCAGCAGCAGAAUUUUAACAACUACUGCUGUCAGAAAAAUCAUGAACUGUGGAGGUUUUGGGAUGGAAGCUACUUUACUUUUGGUGGUUGGAUAUUCUCACACAAGAGGUGUGGCUAUUUCAUUCUUGGUUUUAGCAGUAGGCUUUAGUGGAUUUGCUAUUUCAGGAUUUAAUGUCAACCAUUUGGAUAUUGCACCUCGGUAUGCCAGCAUUCUCAUGGGCAUCUCUAAUGGAGUUGGGACAUUGUCCGGAAUGGUCUGCCCUCUCAUUGUUGGUGCAAUGACAAAACAUAAGACUCGUGAAGAAUGGCAAAAUGUCUUUCUAAUAGCUUCAUUAGUCCACUAUAGUGGAGUGGUAUUUUAUGCUAUCUUUGCUUCUGGUGAGAAGCAGGAAUGGGCUGAUCCAGAAAGUUUGAAUGAAGAAAAAUGUGGAAUACUUGAACAAGAUGAACUGGCUGAAGAGACUGAAUUGAACAAUGAUACUUUUGUUAACACAAAGAAAACAUAUGGCGCUACUAUUCAGCAUGACGAAGCACCAAGGAAAUUGCAGAAGGAAAAGGGAGGGAGGCACAAUGUGGAAGAACAGACUGUUUAUCAGUAUGAAAAUGGAAACUUUCAAGAUUCAUUGUAA